AUGACUACAGCACAUAGACCUACUUUCGACCCGGCACGUGGAAAGGAGGCUCUUCGAGGACCGGCCUACCACCAACGGCUCCUACCUGCUCAUACCCAGCUCAAAUUCAGACAACCCGGACAAGGAGGAGAUGCCGACCAGCCCCGCGACCUACGAACCGAGCUUCUCGCCGCCGAAGCCGCCCACUUCGCGAAGCAAAACGGCGGCGCGCUUCCCGAUGUCGCCGGGGAAACCAACGAGGCGGCACCCGCAACCAACAAUGCUUCGAAGCGACCGUUAGCGUUGAAUUCGGGAUCAAAUGGGGAUGGUGAAGGCGAGGAAGACCCAGAGGCGAAACGGCGGCGCAUAUUAGAAGAGUCCCGAGAUGUAGAUGCGGAUUCGGAUUCAGAACAAGAUGAAGAUGAUAGCGAAGAGGACAGCGACGACGAUGAGGAUGAAGAAGCGGAGCUACAGCGCGAGCUCGAGAAGAUUAGACGCGAGCGAGCUGAGAAACGCGAGAAGGAGGAACGCGAAAAGGCUGCAGCUGAAGAAGCCGAACGAGAGCGGGAUAUUGCGCUGGGCAACCCGUUGCUAAAUCCCAAGAACUUCAACAUGAAGCGGAGGUGGGACGAUGAUGUCGUCUUCAAGAACCAAGCGAGAGGAACGGAGGACAAAGGCAAGAGAAAGGAGUUCAUCAACGAUCUCCUGCGGUCCGAUUUCCACAAGCGGUUUAUGAACAAAUACGUGAGAUGA